AUGACCGAUAGAUUAACCCAGUUACAAAUAUGUUUGGACCAAAUGAUGGAACAAUUUUGCGGUGCAGUAAAUUAUGUCGAUAAGAACCAUGGUUUUGAACCAAGUAACGAUUCAGAAGAGCAGAUGUCAGAUCCUCAGGCCCACAUUGUUGAGGAAAAGGAAUUUGAAAAGAACAUAGAUGAAUUGACAACAGACAUCAUACUUAAAACAAGGCAGAUAAUGGCUCUAAUAGAUUCUCUACCCGGAGUAGACGUAUCUGCACAAGAGCAACUACAUAGGAUAGAUUCACUACAGAAACAAUUGAUCAAAAUGGAGAAGGAAAAGAUAGACGCGAUAAAAAGGAAGGACGCUUUGCAAGAAAAAGUAAGAACACUUACCCAAGACUUUACGAUUGGCAUUAAUGAAUCGAAGACAGAAGCACGCUUAGUAUAA